AUGGAAAGUUGCCGACAAGAUGGUAAACCUUAUGAUAUGUAUAUUGAAGAAGUGAACAGUCUAACUGAAUCGAUUCAAUGUCAAACACAAGUGAUUAGCGAUUUGCAACAAAAACUUAUGGAUGCCGGUGAAAGAUCGUCGACAGAUGCCUCCGGUUCACCUGAUUCGACUGGUCAAAUGCUCUCGUCUCGUUUAUGCCAACUACACAGCAUCCAAGAAGCACGAAUAGCUUUGAAAUAUCUAUUCAGACAAGCAUCGUCAUCUAAAGUUUCUAAGAUUAAUUUAGAAACUCAAAUAUGUGAAUCGGAAUCCCAACUGAACGCAGAGCAACGAAAAUCCGAGGAGAAUUACUCGAAUGCAUUUGUGAAGUUCUUAAGUCGAUGCAAAAAUCCUAUACCAUAUGUGCCUUGUUGA